UUUCUGUCAUCGUCCAAAGCACGCUAGAUAACAUUUUCAUCAUAUUGUACUUCCUAGAGUGUCAAAGAAUUUCACUUCAGGUACUUUAUUCCCUGUGUACACCAUUUUUCUCAUGCGAACUUAUCGCUCACAUACAUACAUCAUAGAACAAAGAAACUCAUACGCGCAAAGUUCAAAAUUAAAAAGGGACGAAGUUAAAAAAUGAAUUCAACGAAUACGAAUCUAGUACCUAGUGCCCUUAUACUAUAUGUAUAAAAAUACUUAAACAUUGUUAUAUCAGUUAAAAAGAUUGAAAUUAAAUAUAAUAUAUAUAUAUAACAUAACUACAUAUUAGUUUCAUAAAAAGUCCUUAAGCUUAUAAGCCAUCUGGUGGUCCUUUGUUUUUUGUUUUUGCAACAGGUGACAGGUGAAUUUAACCAAGAAAUGUAAAGUAAAUAAAAUUGCGAAAUUUACCAUUCCUGGGCUUCUGCGGUGCACUCACUAUAACCGAUUAAGAAGAAAUAAUUGUAUAAAGGCAGAUAUCUUUUUACUCUGAAAGAGUUCCGGAACGAACCCCAAGGCCGCCCAUGUUUGGUGAAUCGUCCAGAACUAGAUAUCGAUCAAAGCCAAAAAGUCAAUAUCAUAGGAUUUUUAGGGGUCGAAGAUACACGAACGGAAGCAAAUCCUACCUUUUGUGGUUACACAUAUUUUAAACCACUUUUAAAUAAAGCUACUUCAGGAAAUAACACUGAACAUCUUUAUUGAAUCAUACGUAGGGACAUUACAAAAUAUUAAAAAAAACUUAUUUUUUAACAUUUGGGGGUAAUUAUAACAAUAUGCGCUUGCGCUGCGCUUUUGCCCUAAGUUCUAACUUCUAACUACUUUUAAAUUAAAAUAUUUUAUGAAAAACUGUAUAUUUUUAUUGAAUUAUUUUUGCAUAAAUGUAAAAAAAAUACUUUUCAUUUAUUCUUUUUUUUUAGAGUAUUUUAGAAAUGCAUUUUGCCAAUAUACAUUUACAUAGCAAGGAGAUUAAUCAACAUGCAAAACGCGCUUGCGUUGUACAUGUUGAAAGAGGAAGUCUUGUAUGAAUAUCCAGGAGGAAAAUUUGAAUUUUUACAAAUCUUAAUUUUCUCAUAGCUAAAAAUAUAGCUAAAGAUAGCUUUUUGGUUCGAUUUUGAACUCUCAUAUCGGUCCUUUUUAAACAACAUAAAAAAUUAAGUUAUCUGUGCAAAAUACAGUAAAAUAAAAAGAAGAAGAAAUCGUAUGAUUUAAUGAUAGUUUUGAUAUAACCUGUAACUUGAAUUGACAAAAAAAUAUAUAUGUAUAUAUUUUUAAUUAAUUACUGAUCUGAUAAUUAAAAAUCUAUUGAAAAUGUGGAAGAAAGUGACUCUAUGCACAAGACGGUAACAAGACAUUAUUUUUUUUGUCUAAUAUAGUUUUUAAAUGUGUAUGCUUCAAAAACAUAAGAAUUUGUGUAUGGAUAUGGAACCUUGGGUAGGUAUAUUCGACAGACAUGGAAUUAAUAGUGUGGAGUUAAUGCCCUUAGUUAUUAAUAAAAAUAGUUCUACAAAGCUUUAGAAGGGAAUUUUUGAUUUUAUAACCGAAAAACUUAAUGAAAAGCUCAAAGGAGACCAAAGUUUAUAAACAUAUGCUUUAUGUAAACAAGUAGGCUAUUAUUUUUAAUUAAAAUAUAUCUCUUUUUCAACAAUUUUGAACGUUCUUUUAAAAUUUGAUUGAAAUGAGUUUAAGCAAUAUACCCAAAUCCACAAUAAACUUAGUCACUGGGUUACCUGAAGCAUACAACAGUAAAGUGAUAAAGCUAGCUUUAGCAGCCUUACAGCCAGAUACUCCAGACUUAUCAAGAUCUCUAAGUAAAUUAGAAGCUGAUGGUCAUUUAUCAUGCGAACAACUUCUUGAAGUAUUAAGUUUGUAUAUUCAUUUAUUAAAAGAGUUUUGCAACAAUAAGGAGAAGGACUUUGUGGACACAUUAUUAGAGGAAGGUUUCCCAAACAACUUUGUUUCGAAUUUACCAUUUUUAAAUAAUCAGACAGAAAUAAUAAGGAAAUAUUUUUCUGCCAGCUAUAACACAUUUGAGAAUGUUUCGAGUAUUAAGUGGAGAAUUGAUAUCAGUCUACUAAACAACUCUAUAGGAUGCAGUUCAGCUCCAAAUAUAACGUUGUGUAUAAAACUAACAAAUGGAAAGCUAUAUAUACUUCAUUUAAAUAAAAAGGAAUUCCAUAGCCUGAGAUUUAACAUUGCACUUAUCUUGAAAGAAAUCAAAUCAAGGAAUUUAAUAAAUAAAUUAUUAAAAUAA